GGAGGUUUGACAGUUGGCUUGAUUAGAGAACUAUUUUCCAUGCCCAUGUUUGUCCGACCAGCUGAUUGCCUUACGUACGCUUUCGUGUUGUGGUGGGAUGUCUUUUUAGCAUUUCAAUUGCGACAUAUGAUUUGACAGCUGCUGUAUCCAAGCUACGUGGUUGUAGUGGCGUCCGAAGCCGUAAAAAUGUGGUUUGCGUGGCCCAGACACGGUAUCGGAGAGGCGUAGGCCGUGGACCGAAUCAUGCUAUCGUGUACACUUCGUCCGGUUAACGCGCAUAACACUUGAACAGCGUAUUUGUGCGCGAGCGUGGCAAGAACUUAAAACGCAGCUUCUCAUAUUAGCACGUUGUAUGGGCUAAAUCAACAAGUGACGAUGACGCCAGACUCGAACAGGUGCGAAAGGAUACGUAGCCUUGCGACGUUUCUGCGAGAGCACGGAGACGUGGUGCUGAACGGGACCAGAAGGCUCACGUUAACCACAUUGUGCCUGAACGAGCUCAACUACAUAUUCCGUCAGUUCUUGGGAGCCCAGGAGAACGAAUCUUUCGACGUGCCCUUCGGAUGUGGCGCUAACUCGGACUUCGUCUAUGACGUGUUUUUUCUGCACGACUUCAUGCAGAAGACAUGCUCUCUGAAGAUCGUUCAGAGUUCUCAAACCAUACAGGGCAGCCUGGACUUGUCCAAGUUUCACAGUCUGAAGAUUCUUGAACUAAAGAGAGUUCCACCCCAUCUUCUUGUUGGCUUCGACUGUUUGGUGCUUCAAGUGGAAACAUUGAUCUGUCAGAGGAACAUCUCGUCGCUGAAGGAAAUCCUCCGAAGUCGCAACAAGGUGCCUCAGCCGUGGGUGAAAAUCAAGGUGGCCAAUUUCAGCUACAACGGCAUCGCUGUUCUGGAUGACAGUCUGGCAUUGCUUCCAAGGCUUCAAUGUCUCGACUGCAGCAACAAUGCCAUCUCUGAUGCCAAAGGUGUUGAGUUCCUUCACAACAUCAGAGUGCUGAACUUGUCUUUCAAUUUUAUCGAGAAGAUAAGCAUAUGUAACAGGGGUGCCUGUGACUCAUUGACCGUACUUUACUUGAGGAAUAACUUCAUUGAAGACACGUCAGGUCUUGGGCGUCUGAGGCAGCUGAGAGAGCUUGACCUGUCCUACAACUGCCUCGCAGAGAGCUCCUCGCUUGCUGGCUUCAAGCAGCUCUAUUCUUUGGCAAUACUGCGCCUUGUGGGCAACCCUGUCACUUUCCACCAGGAGUACCACUCAAUAGUUGUGUGCCAUUUACACCACAAAGUAGUCACAGAAAGAUUCAGGCUGGAUGAUAGACAGCUGCCGAAACAUUUAAUCAAGCCUACAAACGCUAGGCAGCCGUUCGUCAGGCAGGCCGAUGCACCAGUGCCGGAUCCAGUAAUCUCUGUGCCGCCGCGCCAGCGCAUGUUUGAGUCGGACGACAGCAGUAGCCUUGUGGGAGAGACAAUGGAGCAACGGGAUUGCGAGGCAGUGGCCUCCACAUCAGCGUUGACCUUGAGCAGCGAACAGAGGCUCUCUGCAUCGGUCGAACAGGACGGCAGCUCAUGCAGCAGCAUCGAAGCAAUGGACCCCAUGGUUGGCAGAAGGCCCAGGGAAGGCAGAAAAUCCAAGAAGCGCCACUCCAGCAGGGUGGCGGCCAUCUUGGACCAAGAAGGAUACGUGUCUCCCGUUAAGGAAAGUGGCAAUGCCCCUGCUCUGCACGAUGACUUUCUCACCUACAAAAGCCAGCUGGAAAGCCGGAAAGAGCAGCUCGGUGAGGAGUGGCUUGUCGGGGUCUCCGCACUCCGCUUGCCUGACGCUCAGAGCACUCCCUGUGGGACGCCAGGCACCUACACGUCGCACGACGACAGCUUUCUGGCAGCAAGCAGGACAGUGUCGGACGACGCUAAAGAUGCGGCCAGCGACUCUGACUCCGGGCGAGCGGAAUCUCUCAAGACUGUCCUCUUCAAGGAUCCUGUUGUCGAGAAAGCAGUGGACGCUGUCGGGGAAGGAUCGAAGGACAGGUCUGCUGAAGAACAGGGCCCCCAGAGACGCAUCUCGGAGCUGAGCCAAGGUGUCGACGUGCUCGACGAGGUGCCGCCAGACCCAUUGGACGAGUCCAGUGCUUUGUCACCGCUGGAAGGAUUCAGUUGGACUACAGCCAAGAGUGCACUGACUCCGGAGGCUACUGAUAUUACUGAGGACAUGGACAGCAAGCUGUUUCUCGUUCAGAAAUGCAGCGACGGCAGCGAAACAUCAAUUUUUGUCGGCGUAAAAGAUGACGUGAUGAGAGAGAGCGACAGCCUCACUGGAAAGAUUAUACAGCGCCUGGACCUUAACAUACUGUCCUCAGUGUCUUUACACGACAACACAACGGUGAAGCUGAAGUUUGACACAAGUAUUCGCACUAAAAAGGAGAGGUGCUUUGUUUUUGACUGCAGUGAAGAUGCAGAGGAAGUCGUGAAAAUGCUGCAACCUUUCAUGGAGGCAAAGGCUAGAAAAGACCUAUAUUCUGAAAUGUUGCAGUGCGUGAAAUGUAAUGCAGAGUUCCCGAAGCAUGCUGCCAAAAAAGUGGUUGUUUGCUCAACAAAGGACAAAAUUACGACAGAUAUGCACGAAUCGGAAAGAUGUCCCCAGUGUGAUGGUGAAAUCCUUCUAACAUUGGAUGCACCAGUAGCUGUAGAUGCACUUUCAUCUCUUUCUGCAAGUGCUCCAGAAAACAUAAGCCAAAGUUUGACCAUGAGAAAGUCUUCGGAUUCCUCAUCUGUCGGUAAGGUAGCACAAGAUAACGUUUCCGAGGAGAGCAUCGAGACUGUGACGCCAGACCAACAUAGCAGCCUAUAUCGGCCGGGUUUCCGGAAAAGCGCCAGCGACAUCACCAUCCUAAGUAACCCCAGCCAAAGCAGCAUUAUGGUCAUUUCUACUACUUCCACACACGACGGGGGUGCGGAAAAUGCGCGAGAAAACGAGAAGACGCUGUCUCCGCCACCUACUGUUGUCCUUCCAACACUCAAGGAAAUUGUUGAGGAACCUAUUCUAAACAUCAGCAGGACGGACAGCAUUAGUAUCGGUCACCGGAGCAGAGCGAGUGCAUCGGAAACCAUGCUCUCGGAUGCAAGCUUCAAAAGUGCCCAGAGCCAGCCCAACAUGAGCCUGCAGCUGCCGGACACCUCGGACUCGAACCGGUCGGAGUACUCCGUCUCAGCAUGGGACUUGUUUGACAACAGGGAGGAAACGGGCCCCGCCUGCUUCACCUGCCCAGACCACAGUGUCCUGCUGCACCUAGAUGUCAACGUCUUUGGAAGGGAUGAGACCUUAAUGUGCUGCGUAGAGGUUGACUUGGUGACGUGGUCAUCUUUAAAAGAAGUUCCAGCACUUUUGGUGAUAUCAAGUAGCAAAGCUUAUUUUUUCAAGAUCAGGGACAACAAGGAAAAGGAAGACCCCGAGUCCUGGCUUGUGCUCUGGGAGUCACGGUUGCUAGACAACCUCAAGGUCAUCUCGCUUCUUCUCGGCAAUCAGGGUUUCUGCCUCAGCUGGCAAGUUGAGAAAGGAACGCUGCCAUGGUACACAUGCUUGCUUCGAGAUGCCGACACGUGCAACUGCUUCCUCCAGUGUUUGACAGGAGUGCUGCAGGAAAAAAUGCCCGAGCCACCCACGGUGGUCAUGGACGUCAGCGAAAGCUUGGCUCAGGUGAUGAAUCAGGUCAUCAAGCAUUCCUCAGAAGACCUUCCGGAUGACUGUAGUGAGCAGCAGGAGGUGUCACUGUUUGUCAUGGGCUUCUGGAGCGAGCACUCGGAUGCAGCUUCACCUGCGGCUCUGAAGCCAGUGUGCAUUGUUAUCACUCAAGACAGCACUUACAUCAGCAAGGCCCACUACAUGAAGACACCAAAGGGUUCAACUAAAGCUUGUAUCGUACAGUACGAGCCAUUGGCAUGCCAGAGGAUCAGCAACAUUACGGCUGCGCAUCUCUACAAGAACGCCAAAAGCGUGAAACUUACAUUCCUGGACGAGGACACCGGCACGGAGAUGCAGUGGACUAUCGCAACACAAACAGUGACAUCACUCUAUUCUUUCCUGAGCACACUUCGAACACCGUGGGAGGAGCUCUUUGGUGUGGAGAUGCCACUGGACAUAGUUGCAGAGUGAAGUUGUUAACAUCAAGCUGUGUGAUUUUAUCCCAGACAGUUUUUAAUUUAAACCGCAAAUCUACUAAACUUAUAUGCACAGACUAUAAAGGAACUUUGCAGUGUAUUGUGUUACAGGCUGUACUCAUGACAGUAGCCCAUUGUAAUAAUGUCUUUUAAUGUUUUAAUCUUUUAUAGUUGUAAAAGCAGAAUUGUAAGUUUUCGGUUGAACUGAAUUAACAUCCUAUGAAACUGUAACGAAUAUGUUGCUGUAAUUUUAAGUUUUAUAGCUUAGGAUCAGAGUUUUAAGUGAAUUUUCAUUGCUGCGACAUAAAUUGUGUGAUGCGGGACAGGUGCCCGCCAUAAAUUUAAACAAGGGUGUCCUGUGUGUGUUUAUAACUCGGUAUGCGUGCAGUGUUUUUAUGUCGGAUUGCAAGUCAGACGAACCACUCUGAAUUGUGCAUGCGCCAGACGCUGGUUGUGACAAGAACUGUCUUUGUUUAUUAUUAUUCUGUAAAUACAAUAAAUAUUUCAGACAGUUUUUCUAUAACCCAGACUCUACUCCCCCUUUUUUUUUU